AUGGCCAUGGAGACUGUUGAUGGUUUGAAUCACCCUGCUGCGCACAACGCCAAGGAUCUACAAGGCUCGACUCAGCACACCAGCACCACGAUGCUAGAAAGCCGUCUCUCGCGUCUUCGUGAUAAUUGCCGAAAGUCCUCUCGACGCAAGUCCAAGCGCACGUACGUCAAGCAUAAUUACGAUGACCACUAUUUUGAUCCCAUCAUUGAUCCUAUCGAGGAAGAAACGGAACGUGACGAGUCAAGUCGUCGAGGUCCCCGAGGAGGGGUUGUGGAGCCAUUUCCUGAAAGAUUGUACAAAAUGCUCAGGGAUGCGGAGCCCGACAAGUUUGAAAAUGUUGUUUCAUGGCAACCACAUGGCCGCUGCUUCAUUGUCCACGAUCCAAAGGCAUUUGUGGAAGAGAUCAUGCCAAAAUACUUUCGUCAAAGCAAGCUUACCUCCUUUCAGCGGCAGGUGAAUCUCUAUGGCUUCCGUCGGCUCACGGCUGGAACGGAUCGCGGCGGGUACUACCACCAGCUCUUCCUUCGCGGCCGUCCCGAUCUUCACAGAAGAAUGGUCCGAAUGCGAGUAAAGGGCACCGGUUGCAAAUCAGCCGCGUCGCCUGCUACGGAACCGAAUUUCUACGGCUACGAGACCUGCAAGGAAAAUGACCCAAGGAUCGAUGCUUUGAAGGUUGCAAUUCCUGCCAUUCCUUCAUCAGUUCAUGGCGAAGAGCCCAGCCCAAACCAGAGUACUGAGGAAGUCCAAAGUCCUGAAACUGUCUCCAUGAUGCCAACGACGGAAAUCUCUGCUGCCAACUGCCAACCUCGUUUUUCAAAUCAUGUGGCCGAGUACAAUCCUUCUCACGAGGUUGCCAGCAUCGAUCAUCAUAUGCACGGCUCCAUGACGAUGCGACUCUUGCCAGUGACUUCCACGGACAAGCUGCACCCCAAGACAUUGAUGCCGGAUGAACAGGUCUCUUCCUUGAUUCAAAACGAGUUGGCUCCCUGUCAAAGUCAAUGCAGUAGCCGUGUCCCUCCUGGUAGCAAUGACGGUAUUCUCCGUCCAUUGGCUGCUCCUCGUAUGCUGCCACGCUUCCCUGGGCUUGGUUUCGGAUCAAUGCUUCAAGGACAAAAGGAAGUGGAUGAAACUCCUGGCAGUGGACAGAACGCUGGAUUCCUGUGUCAUUUUGGCUUGCCCUCAGAAGAGCACUGCCGCAACGAGAAACAGAGUUUGGCUGUGCCUGUCCUAGAUUCUAUGCUGUUGGAUGCUCCAGCCUCCAUGGAAGAGGUGCCUCAGGACGAUUCCUUUCAAGACCAAAUCAGACGCCUGCUACAAGAUCCAUACCAGCACUUUGAAAGUGUUGAUGGCAAUGUGCACACUUCCGAGCAUAUGGAUGGGUUCGAGGAAUGGCAAUUGGAUCCGCUUUUCAUUCAAGGAGAGUUGGUCGAGGUGGGCUGCGCAGGGCCCAGGUUCACUUGA